AUGCGGGACCCUCCAGAAAGACUUCGAAAGGCUGUCAUUGAUGGGAACUUGCCCAUCACGAAAAGGCUCCUAGCUCGGUUUCCGGAACUAUGGCUUAACACUGAUCCAGAGAAUAAAGGAUGGUGCAAUUUGCAUUAUGCGUCGUACCAGGGGAAUUACCUUGUGUGCUUUCAUCUUAUGUCGUUGAGAAGACGCCGUUUGCUGGGACCUGUUCAGUAUACUGAUUUGGAUAUGGUGACUUUUGAUAACUUGACGGUGCUCCAUAUGCCUGUGUUUCAGCACCACCUGCAAACGUUGCAUUACCUUCUUCAGGAGUUUGCAGGGCAUCCGUGGAUCAACCAUAAGGGAGGCGAGUUGGGCCGUACGCCGCUUCAUUACUGCUGUACUUGUUCAUUUACAGAUGGGCUUAAGUUGCUUCUAGAGUUUGAUGCUGAUUGGAAAAUGACCGACCAGAACGGCGACACGUGUCUUCAUUUGUGUUUUGCGUAUGGAGAUUUGGCCGGGUUGCGUGAAUUGGUGAAAUCUAUAGUGGCCAAGUGCCUACGGUCACUUCAAGACGUGGUUGGCGAGGCCCAGAUCUCUGGCAAGGAAGCUAUUUUGGCUGAACUUGGAGAGUUUGAAGGCACAAAGAAUAACCAUGGUUUCCGUGCAAUUGACUAUGCGGCUUCGUUUGAGCUCCAGAGCCAGUAUAAGGAAUCCAGGUUGGCAUGGGUCGAAGCUGCGUUUGAGGAAGAGAGCAUACUACAAAAACUGCGUCUGGAGAAUUGGGAUUCGGUGUUGGCGUUUGCACCUUCAGAUACGGCCAGAAACGAUUCGGCUUCGCUUCACCCUUCUACUCAAUCCUCUGCAUCAUCAUUAACAGCUCCAGAUUCGGCUUCAUUUGCAUUUUCUUCCGCUCCAAAGCCUUCGGUGCUGCCUGAAAAGAAUGAAGAAACUGCCAAACUAGCACAAGCCAGAAUGCAUCUGGCAUCGGUCGGAAACGACGCGUCUCAUAUAUCUCCUCUGGAUAAACUCAAUUCCCGCAGAAGAUCAAACACCGCUGCUGUUCACGGGUACAAGCCACCGCCAUUGCCAAUUUCUAUCAAUACUGGCGUGGCUUCUGGCUCUAAGAGCAGCGUGAAAAUGUCAAGUCCAGUAACGCCGUUGCUGAUUGAUUUCCCUAAAACUCCAUCAUUAAAGUCGGUCACCAUUUCGCCUUCCGUACGUGGUGCUAAAAGAAAACCCAGCAUUAACAGCAUGUCUACAGGGACUCCUGAAGUUUUAAAGGAAAAUGAAUCUUUAGAUGAGAUUGCAGUUCCCGUCUUUGCUGAAAGCCCUCUGCUUCCCACCCAAAUACCAUCUGCAUCCGGUCCAAAUCCCGAAUCUAACCUGCCAGUGGCUGUCACAGCCGUUGCCUCACCAGAUCCUUCCCAGUCAUCGCAAAACAACUCUGCUGAAAGCAGACGCAGGUCAAUGUCAUCGGUUCAUUCACCGCCCAUUCGCUCUUCAUCUUUCCACUUUCUGCCUCUUGGCAUAACUCGCCGGCGAAGUGCUACCAGUGCUGCUCCAAAUGGAAAUAGCAACGCAGCUGCUCCUUCAGCUCCAGCAGAAGGCAUUGAUGGCCUGAGACUGUCGUCUCCAUUGAGCGUUGAAACAUCACGCUUCAGCUCAAGGCGCAGCUCGUUAAGACGAAACAUAUCUACACCUUCUGUUGUUCAUUCGCUGGCUCUUGGGAUGUCGAGCGCCAACGGCAGUUUGGAAACGAUACCGAUCCAGCAAGCACGGCCAGAGCGCCUUUUCCGUCAUGCCAAUGCAUCAGAUUCCAUGAUCAGAUCUAGACCAACAUCCCCCACUGAAGCCUCUGCAAACGAUAUGAGCAACCUGUUGGAUACCAUCAAACUCAGCAUGCGCCGGCCACACGAAGCAGUGCCUGAAGAUAAGGUCGUUCAUUCAUUUGUGGCAUCCAUUCCUCGUGAUAAACUCAGACGAAGUAAUACGACUUCGCCUGUAAAAGAAAAAGAACCACAACUAGGUUCCCUGGUGAAAAAUAGACCAGAAAGGUCGUCGACAAUGUCCUCGCUGACUUCCAUGCAUACACAGCGGGAUCUAAACAGCAUCAAGCUCACGCGGGUUCGUGACGAUUGA